AUGGAGGCCAAGUUCGCGUAUGUGUGCCAGCACAGCAGGUCCACGCGACCAUUCCUUCGCUGCAUGCUCAUGCACCACGCAAUGUGCUACCUCUCUCCCAUCGUGCCUCGCUGUGCCUCCGUCAUCCAGGUGCCCAGCAUUCACCUGGUGGACGGAGUGCAGGCACCCAUGGAGGCCAAGUUCGCGUAUGUGCCCAGCAUCCAUCUGGUGGACGGCGUGCAGGCGCCCAUGGAGGCCAAGUUCGCGUAUGUGAAUGUUGGCAACACCACUCGCAAGUCCGUCUUCUCCGUCUUCCUAAAGCUGCACCCCAACGACAAGGACAACGCCUGGCUCAACUUUUGGUUGAACGACAUCCCAGCAGCAGUGAACGGCACGGCCAAGAUAGCAGCAAAGACCAACUUCCUGGAGCUGCUGUCGUUCAAUGCGCCCUUCUGGUACUACGAGGGCUCCCAGGUGCACCCGCCCUGCACCGAGACGGUCGACUGGUUCAUUUCCAUGCGCCCCAAGCUCAUCUCCACUCGCCAGCUCGCCACAUAUAUGAAUUUCCUAUCGCGCACCAACAGUGGUGAUCGCACCAACAACAGGCUGCUGCAGCCCCUCAACAACCGCACUGUCUCGGUGUUCCUCGCCAAGUAA